AUGUCUUUGACAGAGGUUUACGCGGCUGUACAGUCUGCCUGGGUUGAAGGCCGACUGGAAAAUGUCCUCCAGAGGCAGAAAGAACUUGCUGGAUUGCAUGCCGCACUGACACGCCAUCGAUCUGGCUUAGUCGCUGCGUUUUCCAAAGAUCUUGAGACUAUCGAAGAUGGCGCAUCGGUGGAGAUUGACCUCGCUCUCGAUGCAAUUAAGCAGCUUUACGACCAAUUGGAUUUCCCUUCCUCCCUGGAUCGGGAGAGGUCUGUUCAAGCUGGUCAGACCUCUCCCUUGAACUCUGUGGCGCUGGGUCCGGUCCUGAUUCAAGCGGCUUUGCCAUGCCCUCUUUCGUCAGCUAUUCUUCCUUUGGCGGCUGCCGUCGCCGCGGGAAGUUGUUGUGUGGUUCUUUUGUGCGUCGCAACGCCCGCGAUCAACCAAGUUCUCCACAACAUCAUCCAGAAUGGCAUGGACCAGGAGGCAAUUGGGCUUGUGGAUGUUUCUGUUCGUUCCGAAGAGUUAAAACACCUACGCUUUGAAUCAGCCGCCCUACAGGACUCAGAGACCACCGAAGACUUUGCCAAUGUGAUGCGGCAAAUAAACCCAGCCAUACGAAUUCACAUCCCCACCACCGGCCUCCCUGCGAUAUUUGUCGACCGCAGCACCUCAGAACUGGAGACAGUUGCAACCUGGCUAGAAAAAUCGAUCUUGAAUGGCUCUCGCCAGCAUUCUGGAUCGAUGCCUCGGGUCUGCUUUGUGGACGAAUUCGUGAUUGAACAGCUUACGUGGCUUGUGCAGCAACGACUCGACUGGGUAGGGAAGGCGCCGGCAUCCUCUGACCAGUCCACGGCAACAGAGAUUGCCGAUCUUCUGACAUCUACCUUCCCCUCUCUCAAAAAGAAGGGGCUGUCUGUCACCGCCGACAAGCUCUCUCGCCUGAUUGUGCUUCAGUCCACCGAUUCGAUUGAUCCAGAAACUAUUGGUCCGGUUGCAAGUCAGGUCACAAAGUCAUACCACGGCAUCUUGUUGAUUCCGACCACCAGUCUCGAUCACGGGAUUGACUUGUGGAACAAAGUGAACAAUGGCAUGCCUUCGCCGGCGAUCUAUGUGUUCGGCGGCGGGAAAGAAACCUGGUACCUCUCCCAGUUUAUUAACUCAGAGCAUUGCUUUGUAAAUUGCAUUCCUCCGCGAUCAUUUUGCAUGAUUGCACCCAGUUCAUCACACGAUACUUUCGCGCUGCCAUUCCGCCCAGACAACUUUUCACGCAAUAAAGUUAUCCUACAAGACUCCAACCUGAAUUACCAAGGAUCUCGUCAUGGUUACCUGAAUUUGAAGAAAAUUUCACAGCCAAAGGGCGGUCGGCUCUCGUAUUUUGAGCAAGGUCUGAUCGUGGGACUGAGCGUUACUGCUAUCGCUGCGUCAACCUUUGCAUUUACUAUCUUCAAGGGAUUGAAGCAGGUCUAUUAUUGA